AUGAUGUCACUUAAUGCUGACGCUUAACUUCGACAGGAGUAUCUACCCGUUAGCUCUAGCGCGGUCAUAUAAUCACAAAACUGGUCAAAAUGAGUACUAUGUUCGCAGACACAAUACUUAUCGUCUUCAUAUCUGUUUGCACGGCGUUGCUGGCUGAAGGUAUAACAUGGGUGUUAGUAUACCGCACAGACAAGUACAAGAGGCUCAAGGCUGAAGUAGAAAAGCAAAGCAAAAAGCUGGAGAAGAAGAAGGAGACGAUCACAGAGUCUGCUGGACGUCAACAGAAGAAAAAGAUAGAAAGGCAGGAAGAGAAACUCAAGAACAACAAUCGAGACCUGUCAAUGGUUCGAAUGAAGUCCAUGUUUGCUAUUGGUUUCUGCUUUACAGCAUUAAUGGGCAUGUUCAAUUCCAUCUUUGAUGGACGAGUUGUAGCAAAGCUACCAUUUGUUCCCCUGUCCUACAUCCAAGGCCUUUCUCACCGCAAUCUUCUGGGUGAAGAUUACACUGACUGCUCUUUCAUCUUCCUCUAUAUCCUGUGCACCAUGUCUAUUAGACAGAACAUCCAGAAGAUGCUGGGUCUGGCUCCAUCUCGUGCAGCAACCAAACAAGCUGGAGGGUUUUUGGGACCCCCUCCACAAGCUGCCAAGUUCUCAUAAAGCUAUUGGGCAAUACGCAGGAUCUCUUUUUUGGUUGUAGAAACGCUUUGGGCAGACUUGAUGCAACCAGACAAACUCUUUACAAAAGAGAAAAGGAUAUUCAGAUGCAGUAUCUGCCUGUGGUGACCUCACUGUACAUAUUGUUUCCAUGUUUAAAUUUGACAGUGAUUUUAUUCUCUAAACAUCUAAAAUGGUUCAACACUGGCAAAUACUCUUUCUUUAAUUCUUUAAGUUGUUUUGGUUAAUUAAUUCCAUUUUUCCCUCUGCAUACAGUUUGAAAGUGGAACUGCUAAAUAUACUAUUUAGUAGAACUGCUAAACAUGGACUAUUUAACAGUUACAUAAAGGAACAGCUGGGUCACCUGCGCUUGUCAAAAGCAGGGAAAUAGACCCUGUUUUUAAAACACUUUGAUAUAAGUUAUUUUAGAAAGGUCUCCUUUCUAGUAAACAUGAGACAUUCACUAGGAACUCUUUAAAUGUAAAUGAUAACGGUGCUGUAACAAAAUAGUCCUGUAUUAGAAAUUGUUUCUUAAAGUUUUAAAUGGCAUGUACAGUUUUCUAAAAUACUAAACAUAAUAUAAGAAUAUAAGAAGCCAGCUAGCUCAGUGUUGAACCCCACAGACUAUCCAUAUUAUUCUGUUUUCCUGCCUGCCCACACCAGCAGCAGGUAUUGCUCUUUUUGUCUGCUCAUUUUAGGCAUGGGAAGUUUUCGGCAGCUUGGGAACACUACUUGUUGAUCCCAGUUUUGAUUUACAUUAUUUCAAACUGCAUGCUUCAGAUAGGAAGGAGUAUUCACUUGGAUAAAUAGAAAAAAAAAUCAAAUGUUAUCAUUUUAAUUUAAUACCUUGGGUAUGUUAUUCUAAUUUCAAUUUCUAUGGGUCACUACAUAAUGAUCAGUAUGUUAUGCCAUUUGUAUUCUAUUUUCUAGGCAAGUGGCCUCACAAACUACUAUGUGUUCUUUAUUUUAUUUUUUUUGAAAUGUAAGACUGAUCAGUUAGGACGUUAUUUAUGAAUACCUGUGAAUGUGUUGACUUAGAAUAAAAGAGAUUAAAUUGUGUGGA